CGACUGCGACUGCGCCUGCUCCCUGAGGUCUGGCGCUCGCGGGCCGGGUGCGGUGAGCCGGUGGGCUAAGGCGCUGGGCGUGCGAUAAUGGCGGCGGCGGCUGGGGUCCGGGGAGGCUGCUCCGGCUCCGGCUCCGGCUCCGGCUCCAGCUCCGGCUCCGGCUCCGGCUUCAGCGUCUCUCGGGGUUUCUAUUUCAAUACAGUCCUGUCACUGGCCCGCUCGUUGGCCGUGCAAAGGCCGGCAUCCUUGGAGAAGGUCCAGAAGCUGCUUUGCAUGUGUCCUGUAGAUUUCCAUGGGAUCUUCCAACUAGAUGAAAGACGAAGAGAUGCAGUUAUCGCAUUGGGCAUUUUUCUCAUUGAAUCUGAUCUUCAACACAAAGAUUGUGUGGUUCCAUACCUUCUUCGACUUCUCAAAGGUCUUCCAAAAGUGUAUUGGGUAGAAGAAAGCACAGCAUGGAAAGUCAGAGGUGCACUCCCAGUGGCUGAGAGCUUUAGCUUCUGCCUAGUAACUUUGCUGUCUGAUGUGGCUUAUAGGGACCCUUCACUUAGAGAUGAGAUUUUAGAGGCACUUCUGCAGGUUUUGCAUGUCCUUUUGGGAAUGUGCCAGGCCUUGGAGAUUCAGGAAAAAGAAUACCUUUGCAAGUAUUCGAUCCCCUGCCUGAUAGGAAUCUCGAGAGCCUUUGGGCGUUACAGCAAUACUGAAGAGUCUCUCCUCUCCAAGCUCUUUCCCAAAGUCCCUCCUCAUUCCUUGCGGAUCCCAGAAGAGUUGGAAGGCGUCAGAAGGCGGUCCUUCAAUGACUUCCGCUCAAUCCUUCCGAGCAAUCUUCUGACUGUCUGUCAGGAGGGGACCCUGAAGAGGAAAACCAGCAGUGUGUCCAGUAUCUCUCAGGUCAGCCCAGAACGUGUCAUGCCCCCUCCCAGCUCUCCUGGAGGAUCUGCCUUUCACUACUUUGAAGCCUCUUGUCUGCCUGAUGGAACUGCCCUGGAGCCUGAGUACUACUUCUCUACUGUCAGCUCCAGCUUCUCUGUCUCUCCUCUGUUCAAUGGCAUCACCUAUAAGGAGUUUAAUAUUCCACUAGAAAUGCUUCGGGAACUCUUAAACUUGGUGAAGAAGAUCGUUGAAGAGCCUGUUCUCAAAUCCUUGGAUGCUGUUAUAGCCACUGUGAUGGAGGCCAACCCCAGUGCUGAUCUCUACUACACAACCUUCAGUGACCCCCUCUACCUGACCAUGUUCAAGAUGUUGCGUGACACUCUUUAUUACAUGAAAGACCUCCCUACUUCUUUUGUGAAAGAAAUUCAUGAUUUUGUGCUGGAGCAGUUCAACACAAGCCAAGGGGAGCUCCAGAAAAUUCUACAUGAUGCAGAUCGGAUCCACAAUGAGCUGAGUCCCCUCAAACUGCGCUGCCAGGCGAAUGCUGCCUGCGUGGACCUCAUGGUGUGGGCUGUGAAGGAUGAGCAGGGUGCCGAAAAUCUUUGCAUCAAGUUAUCUGAGAAACUGCAGUCUAAGACAUCCAGCAAAGUCAUCAUUGCACAUUUGCCCUUGCUUAUUUGUUGCCUACAGGGUUUGGGACGCCUGUGUGAGAGGUUCCCGAUGGUGGUGCAUUCUGUGAUGCCAUCCUUGCGAGAUUUCCUGGUCAUCCCAUCCCCAGUGCUGGUGAAGCUCUAUAAGUACCACAGUCAGUACCAUACAGUUGCUGGCAAUGAUAUAAAAAUCAGUGUCACCAAUGAACAUUCUGAGUCAACCCUGAAUGUUAUGUCGGGCAAGAAGAGCCAGCCCUCCAUGUAUGAGCAGCUCCGGGAUAUCGCCAUUGACAACAUCUGCAGGUGCCUGAAGGCUGGCCUGACGGUAGAUCCAGUGAUUGUGGAGGCCUUCCUGGCCAGCCUGUCCAACCGGCUCUACAUCUCCCAGGAGAGUGACAAGGAUGCACACUUGAUUCCUGACCACACCAUCCGUGCCUUGGGACACAUUGCAGUGGCUCUGAGGGACACUCCAAAAGUCAUGGAGCCAAUUCUGCAGAUCCUGCAGCAGAAGUUCUGUCAGCCCCCCUCAACCCUUGAUGUGCUCAUCGUCGACCAGCUGGGCUGUCUGGUUAUCACUGGAAAUCAAUACAUUUAUCAGGAAGUGUGGAAUCUCUUCCAGCAGAUAAGUGUGAAGGCCAGCUCGGUUGUGUAUUCAGCCACCAAAGAUUACAAAGACCAUGGCUACAGGCAUUGCUCCCUGGCAGUGAUUAAUGCCCUGGCCAACAUUGCAGCGAACAUCCAGGAGGAACAUCUUGUGGACGAGCUGCUCAUGAACCUGCUGGAGUUGUUUGUGCAGCUGGGGCUGGAGGGGAAGCGAGCCAGCGAGAGGGCGAGUGAAAAGGGGCCUGCCCUGAAGGCUUCUAGCAGUGCAGGAAACUUGGGAGUGCUUAUUCCUGUCAUAGCUGUGCUCACUCGACGGUUGCCGCCCAUCAAGGAAGCUAAGCCUCGGUUACAGAAGCUCUUCCGGGAUUUCUGGCUGUACUCUGUACUGAUGGGAUUCGCUGUGGAGGGCUCAGGACUCUGGCCAGAAGAAUGGUAUGAGGGGGUCUGUGAAAUAGCCACCAAGUCUCCUCUGCUCACCUUUCCCAGCAAAGAGCCUCUGCGAUCAGUCCUCCAGUACAACUCAGCCAUGAAAAAUGAUACAGUCACCUCUGCUGAGCUGAGUGAGCUUCGAAGCACAAUCAUCAACCUGCUGGACCCUCCUCCCGAAGUGUCUGCUCUUAUCAACAAGCUGGACUUUGCCAUGUCAACAUACUUGUUGUCCGUGUACCGGCUGGAAUACAUGAGGGUACUACGUUCAACAGAUCCUGAUCGAUUCCAGGUAAUGUUCUGCUACUUUGAGGAUAAAGCUAUUCAGAAAGACAAAUCUGGGAUGAUGCAGUGUGUGAUUGCUGUUGCAGACAAAGUGUUCGAUGCCUUCCUAAACAUGAUGGCAGAUAAAGCCAAGACAAAGGAGAAUGAAGAGGAGCUAGAGCGACAUGCUCAGUUUCUGUUGGUGAACUUCAACCACAUUCACAAGAGGAUAAGGAGGGUGGCAGACAAGUACCUGUCUGGCCUGGUGGAUAAGUUUCCCCACUUGCUCUGGAGUGGGACUGUACUGAAGACCAUGCUGGACAUCCUGCAGACUCUAUCCCUGUCGCUGAGUGCUGACAUUCAUAAGGACCAGCCUUACUACAACAUCCCUGAUGUGCCCUAUCGGAUCACAGUUCCUGACACAUAUGAAGCCCGAGAGAGCAUUGUGAAGGACUUUGCUGCACGCUGUGGAAUGAUCCUGCAGGAGGCCAUGAAGUGGGCACCUACAGUCACCAAGUCUCACCUACAGGAAUAUCUGAACAAACAUCAGAACUGGGUGUCGGGACUGUCCCAGCACACAGGGCUGGCCAUGGCUACUGAGAGCAUCCUUCAAUUUGCUGGAUACAACAAGCAGAACACAACUCUUGGGGCAAAUCAGCUAACCGAGCGCCCGGCUUGUGUGACAAAAGAUUACUCCAACUUCAUGGCUUCCCUGAAUUUGCGUAACCGCUAUGCAGGCGAGGUGUAUGGAAUGAUUCGGUUCUCAGGUGCCUCAGGCCAGAUGUCUGACCUGAACAAAAUGGUGAUGCAGGAUCUGACUACAGCUUUGGACCACAAUAAUUCUCAGCACUAUACACAGGCCAUGUUCAAGCUGACUGCGAUGCUCAUUAGCAGCAAAGAUUGUGACCCGCAGCUUCUCCAUCAUCUGUGUUGGGGUCCCCUCCGAAUGUUCAAUGAGCAUGGCAUGGAGACUGCCUUGGCCUGCUGGGAGUGGCUGUUGGCUGGCAAGAAUGGAGUGGAAGUGCCGUUUAUGCGAGAGAUGGCAGGGGCCUGGCAUAUGACAGUGGAGCAGAAGUUCGGCCUGUUUUCUGCAGAGAUAAAGGAAGCAGACCCCCUGGCAGCAUCAGAAGCGAGUCAGCCCAGACCCUGCCCCCCAGAAGUCACCCCCCACUACAUCUGGAUCGAUUUCCUGGUGCAGCGGUUUGAGAUUGCCAAGUACUGCAGCUCUGACCAAGUAGAGAUCUUCUCCAGCCUGCUGCAGCGCUCUAUGUCCCUAAAUAUUGGUGGGGCAAAGGGGAGCAUGAACCGGCAUGUAGCAGCCAUAGGACCCCGAUUCAAAUUGCUGACCCUGGGGUUGUCUCUCCUACAUGCUGAUGUCGUUCCAAAUGCAACCAUUCGCAAUGUGCUUCGUGAGAAGAUCUACUCCACCGCCUUUGACUACUUCAGUUGUCCCCCAAAGUUCCCUACUCAAGGAGAAAAGAGGCUGCGUGAAGACAUAAGCAUAAUGAUUAAAUUCUGGACGGCCAUGUUCUCAGAUAAGAAGUACCUGACAGCCAGCCAGCUCGUUCCCCCUGAUAACCAGGAUACCCGGAGCAACCUGGACAUAACUGUGGGCUCUCGGCAACAGGCCACACAAGGCUGGAUCAACACCUAUCCCUUGUCCAGUGGCAUGUCAACCAUUUCCAAAAAGUCAGGGAUGUCUAAGAAAACCAACCGAGGCUCCCAGCUCCACAAGUACUACAUGAAGCGCAGGACACUGCUGCUGUCCCUGCUGGCUACUGAGAUAGAGCGUCUCAUCACUUGGUACAACCCGCUGUCAGCCCCAGAGCUGGAGCUGGACCAGGCUGGAGAGAACAGCGUAGCCAACUGGAGGUCCAAGUACAUCAGCCUAAGUGAGAAACAGUGGAAAGACAAUGUGAACCUUGCCUGGAGCAUCUCUCCUCAUUUGGCCGUCCAGCUGCCAGCCAGGUUCAAGAACACAGAAGCCAUUGGGAGUGAAGUGACCCGUCUUGUUCGGUUGGACCCUGGAGCUGUUAGUGAUGUCCCUGAAGCUAUUAAGUUCCUUGUGACCUGGCACACCAUCGAUGCCGAUGCUCCAGAGCUCAGCCAUGUGCUAUGCUGGGCACCCACAGAUCCACCCACGGGCCUCUCCUACUUCUCCAGCAUGUACCCUCCACACCCUCUCACAGCACAGUACGGGGUGAAAGUCCUGCGGUCCUUCCCCCCGGAUGCCAUCCUGUUCUACAUCCCCCAGAUCGUGCAGGCCCUCAGGUAUGACAAGAUGGGCUAUGUACGCGAGUAUAUUCUGUGGGCAGCGUCUAGAUCCCAGCUUCUGGCGCACCAGUUUAUCUGGAACAUGAAAACUAACAUCUACCUAGAUGAAGAGGGACACCAGAAAGAUCCGGACAUUGGCGACCUCCUGGAACAGUUAGUGGAAGAGAUCACAGGCUCCCUGUCGGGUCCAGCAAAGGAUUUCUACCAGCGAGAAUUUGAUUUCUUUAAUAAGAUCACCAAUGUGUCAGCAAUCAUCAAGCCCUACCCUAAAGGCGAUGAGAGAAAGAAGGCAUGUCUGUCCGCCCUGUCUGAAGUUAAGGUACAGCCAGGCUGCUACCUGCCCAGCAACCCUGAGGCCAUUGUGCUAGACAUUGACUACAAGUCAGGGACACCCAUGCAGAGUGCUGCAAAAGCCCCGUAUCUGGCCAAAUUUAAGGUGAAACGAUGUGGAGUCAGUGAACUUGAAAAAGAAGGUCUGCGGUGCUCUGACUCCGAGGAUGAGGGCCUCAGUCAGGAGGCCGACGGCCAGAAGAUCUGUUGGCAGGCAGCCAUCUUCAAAGUGGGGGACGACUGCCGGCAGGACAUGCUGGCCCUGCAAAUCAUCGACCUCUUCAAGAAUAUCUUCCAGUUGGUCGGCCUGGACCUUUUUGUUUUUCCCUACCGUGUAGUGGCCACCGCCCCUGGGUGUGGGGUGAUUGAGUGCAUCCCUGACUGCACCUCCCGAGACCAGCUUGGCCGCCAGACAGACUUCGGCAUGUAUGACUACUUCACCCGCCAGUAUGGGGAUGAGUCUACCUUGGCCUUCCAGCAGGCACGCUACAACUUUAUCCGAAGCAUGGCCGCCUACAGCCUCCUGCUGUUCCUGCUGCAGAUCAAGGACAGGCACAACGGCAACAUCAUGCUGGACAAGAAGGGCCACAUCAUCCACAUCGACUUUGGCUUCAUGUUUGAAAGCUCACCAGGUGGCAACCUGGGGUGGGAACCUGACAUCAAGCUGACAGAUGAGAUGGUGAUGAUCAUGGGAGGCAAGAUGGAGGCCACACCAUUCAAGUGGUUCAUGGAAAUGUGUGUCCGUGGCUACCUGGCUGUGCGGCCCUACAUGGAUGCAGUAGUCUCUCUGGUCACUCUCAUGUUGGACACAGGCCUGCCCUGCUUCCGUGGCCAGACAAUCAAGCUCUUAAAGCACAGAUUUAGUCCCAACAUGACUGAGCGAGAGGCUGCGAAUUUCAUCAUGAAGGUCAUUCAGAAUUGCUUCCUUAGCAACAGGAGCCGGACCUAUGACAUGAUCCAGUACUAUCAAAACGACAUCCCCUACUGAGGAAGGGCCCUCUGGAGCUCAGCAACUCAAUUGUGGCCCCUUCCAAAAGCCACUCACAAGCAUGGAGUCUGUGAGUACCUCUGCCCUCCAGCUGGCCCUCAAGAAGCUCCCACCCAGUGGCCUGGCCAUUUUACCCAGCGGAGUUGUUUUAUAGAAAAAAGAAUCCUAUGUGGCGAUGCUUUGGUGUCCCCAGAGACUGAGUAGACAAUCAUCUCCCUGCACAGGUGUGAAUCCUUGCACUGGACACAUUCCCUGUCUUAUUGCAUAUGUACAUGAUGUAUUUCUUGUGCUAAAGAACAAAACAGAAUAAUUGUGUGCUCAAGAUUUAACCAGUGUGGACAAAAUAACCCCAAAAGUCCUACGUUGGAACUAGGCUCGAUGGCAGUUUCAAGACCCUAUCUCAGAGGGCUGGGGAUGUGCCUCUGAACCCUGAGUUCAAUCCCUAGUACUGGAAAAAAAUGCUGAGAUCAUAGCAAUAUGGCAAAUUAUACAUCCUGAAGAACUAAAAAUGCUGUCAUGCUAUUUAGACUACUAGAGGUUAAAUCCAUGAGCUGUUAAAAAAAAUAAGCAAGGAUUACUGCUCCAGCCUUCAAAUCCUUAGACUGUGCUGAGGAUGUGGCUUAGUGCAAACGAUGUGGUAGAAUUUGGAGGCUAGAGCUGUAGCUCAGUGGUAGAGUACUUGACUAGUAGGAGUAAAUUAGCAAAAUAUAUACACAAUGGUGUGUUAUGUUCUUGAGCUACACAGCAAGAACCUGUCUCAAAAAAUUUGAUAGAAAUCAAAACUAAUCAAGAUUAGAGGUCAGUUUACAAAAAUCAGUGUUGUGUGUGAAUAUGACUGCAUCAAAAAUGUCACUAAUCUUCGGCAGGGGAUUUAACUCAGUGGUUUCGCCACCUGCUGCGCAAGCACAAGGACCCGAGUUCAAUCCCCGGUACGGAAAAAAAAAAAAAAAAAACCCAAAAUGUCACUAAUCUAACGAAAGAUUCAUAUAGAAAAAAUGAUGUUGACAGAAAGGCAACCACAGUAAUAGAAGUAUGUGCAUUUAUCCUCUCCAAAUUGGCAUAUGAGUUUUUCACUACAAUUGCCAAUCAAAAUUCCUGAAAGUUUUAGUGAAAAUUGACAGAUUAUAAAUUUUACAUGUGGGAACACAAAGGGCAAAACAUUGCUAUUUCUGCCAGGUGUGGUGGCACAUGCCUGUAAUCCCAGCACUUGAGUGGCUGAGGCAGGAGGAUUGCCACAAGUUCAAGGCUACAUAGUGAGUUCAAGGUCAGCCUGUACUACAUAGCAAGACCCCCCCCCUCAAAAAAAAAACCAAAACAAAAAACAAACAUGCUAUUUCAGUAGUGAAGCAAAAUAAAACCUGCUAAUCAAGGCAGUGUGACAUAUUGGUACACGGAAAGACAAAAUAGUGGAAGAGUGCAAGUGCAUCUAACCAGAGUCAGCAAUGGCAGGGAUGAUGGCAAUACUACACAAAAUUUAAAUCAGCUGUGAUUAAGAUGUUAUGGGCAUGCAAGACAUAUGUUUAGUGUAGGCAGAGAUGAAAAUACUAAGAAAGUGCAGAAAUGAGCCAAGCCCGGGGGUAUAAACCUGUAAUGGUAGCACUCUGGAUGAGGCAGGAAGACUGCAAGUUCAAGCCCAGCCUGACCAAUUUAACAAGACCCUACCUUUAAAGAGCAAUAAAGGGCUGGGGAUACAGGUCAGUGCAAAGGCUGAAAGUGCAAGAGGGAGAGAGAGAAUAUAUAAAGGAUGCCUUUGAUGGGCUUAGAACACUGGACAUGGCUGAGGAGAAAAAUCUCUGAGCCUCAGGUUCUCUAAAUAGAAAAUGCCAAGGGGCUGGAGGUAUAGCUCAGUGGUAAAGCUCCUUGUUUAGCACGCGCAAAGCCCUGGGUUCCGUUUCCAACAGCACAACCAAAAAUACAACACCCAGUAACUGCAGAACAACUACAAAUGGUAUAGCACUCAUAAUGGGAGCACCAGAAUGAGAAUAGAAUGAACAGUAGCAACAUGUGAGUGACAGAUUUUCUCCCAAACACUGUCAGACAAACCACAGAUCCCAGAUGCUCCAAAAACACCAGGCGGGGUGAAUGCGAAAAAGUCUGCACCUAGGCAUGCCAUAUUCAAAGUUCGAGAUAUCAAGGACAAAAAAUAAAAUCUGGGUUUCUGUUUU